AAGCUUCCACAUAUUUAUUCUUUUUCUCUUUCGUGAACAACUCCCUGGGAAGAAGAGAUGUCUUCUACAUUUCCUUGCAGAAAAUGGUUUGCAGGCGGCGUGUGCACAUCAACAGCUAUGUUGCAUGGAAAGGUGGCAGUGAUCACAGGAGCCAACACUGGCAUAGGGAAGGAGACUGCUAGAGAACUCGCACGAAGAGGUGCCCGUGUCAUAAUUGCCUGCAGAAAUACAGAAAAAGGAGAAACAGCUGCUCAAGAAAUCCAAACAGAAACAGGGAAUCGGCAAGUCAUUGUGAAAAAACUGGACCUGAGCGAUACCAAAUCUAUACGGACAUUUGCUGAAAAUUUCCUUAAAGAGGAAGACAAGCUCCAUAUCCUCAUCAACAAUGCAGGUGUGAUGUUUUGCCCUUACUCUAAGACAGCCGAUGGUUUUGAAAUGCAGUUUGGAGUCAAUCAUCUUGGGCAUUUUCUCCUAACAUUCCUGCUGCUGGGCCGUUUGAAAGAGUCAGCUCCUGCUCGAAUAGUGAAUGUGUCCUCAAUGGUCCACAUUUUUGGAAAAAUAUAUUUCCAGGACUUACAGGGAGAGAAGGGCUAUAACGCAUACUUUGCAUAUUAUCAGAGCAAAUUGGCAAAUAUAUUGUUUACCAGAGAGUUGGCUGGUCGGUUGCAAGGCACUGGAGUUACUGUUAAUGCCUUACAUCCCGGUUCAGUUCUUAGUGAACUAGGGCGUCAUUCCUAUUUCUUAAAGGUUCUGCAAACAAUAUUUAGCUUUAUGUGGAAGACUGUAGAGGAAGGAGCCCAGACUACUGUGCACUGUGCAGUGGCAGAGGAACUGGAGUCAGUGACUGGAAAGUAUUUCAGUGACUGCAAGCCUGCCCAGGUUGCUUCUCAAGGUUUGAAUGAGGACACUGCAAAGAAGCUCUGGAAGGUGAGCUGUGAGCUGUUGGGCAUUCAGUGGCCUUGAACAGAGAGAAUCUGUGUGGACACUGUCUAGAAAUAUACCAUC